GGCGGCAACGCCGAGAACGCUUCCUACAUCGUCGCAGUCAUCGCGGACAUAGGCGCUCUCGAUCUCGGACUCGUUCACGGUCCUAUUCUCUCUCUAAUAGUCCAAGUCGCAGUCGUAGUCCAAGCCGUCGUCACCGUCAUCGAACCUGGCGACACGGCCACAAGCACCGUCGUGGCCGGUCAAGAUAUGGAGCCCCAGCCUCGAGAUCGUCUGGAUCACACUCGUAUUCUUCUCGAUCCCGAUCGAGAUCAUCCACAUCGUCCGCCUCUCAGAGAUUUCAUAAGCGAGAUCGGCGCCGCCGUCUUGACAGCAGCAUCGGUGUAG